GGUAGGCGGAUCCAGCUGUGCUCGACCAGGGGCGGGAGCCGAACCAGAGGACGCCAGCAGGCUGACUUCGGCGGGAUGGCGGCUGCAGCCGUGAGCGGUGCCAAACGGAGCCUACGGGCCGAGCUGAAGCAGCGUCUGCGGGCAAUCAGCGUCGAGGAACGGCUGCGCCAGUCCCGCUUACUGACCCAGAAGGUGAUGGCCCACAGUCAGUAUCAGAAUUCCAAAAGAAUUUCCAUCUUCCUGAGCAUGCAAGAUGAAAUUGAGACAGAAGAGAUUAUCAAGGACAUUUUCCAACAAGGCAAAAUCUGUUUUAUACCUCGAUACCAGUUCCAGAGCAACCACAUGGAUAUGGUAAAAUUAGAAUCACCUGAGGAAAUUUCUUUACUUCCCAAAACAUCCUGGAAUAUUCAUCAACCUGGUGAGGAUGAUGUUCGUGAGGAGGCUUUGUCGACAGGGGGACUUGAUCUCAUCUUCAUGCCAGGUCUUGGGUUUGACAAACAUGGCAACCGGCUGGGGAGGGGCAAAGGCUAUUAUGACACCUACCUGAAGCGCUGUCUGCAGUGUCAGGAAGUGAAACCCUACACCUUGGCCUUGGCUUUCAAAGAGCAGAUUUGCCUGCAGGUCCCAGUGGAUGAACAUGACAUGAAGGUAGAUGAAGUUCUUUACGAAGACUCUUCACCAUCUUAAGACCAGAUGACUACAGCCAAAUAAUCAGUGUUUUGUAUCAGAGUUAGGAAUAUAUGUAUAUUUUUUCCUGUGUCAAAAAUUAAUUGAAAUUUCACAUUAAAUUGAAUAUGGACUCGGAUAAUUUUUAGUGUAAAUAUGAAAUACCUAAUAUUAAAUUGUCUUUUGAAAUCAAUAUAAAUGUGAAUACUAGAAUAUUGAUUAAAAUGGAGGCUAUCACCAUAUGAUUUUCAACAUAAUUUCCUGGUGUUAAUGUGACAAGUUGAUCUCUCGGUUUUGCAGUUUAAGUUAAAUAUUUAUGAGGAACUGUGUUCUAACUCAGAGUGUGAGAGGAAGGUAAACACAUGGUGGGUGGACACUGUAUUUCAUUUUGGCCUGUCAUGGGCCUGGCCAGACAUUCAGAGACUUGGAGCUUAUUAAUUGAUUUGUCGGUGUUUGUUUUAGGUACCAAAUUUCCUGAUAAUAUUGUACUUCUUCAUCAUGAUUUCAUUUACUCACCCUGAAAUCUGAUGUUUGGCACUUUGUAGUUGUUGGUGGUUAAUGUAUGAAAAUUUUUGAUGAUUUAAAUAUUUUCAUUUAACUGA